AUGUCUGCGGAAACCAUUAUCCCAAGAGCUGCAGAUGAGGGUCCCACCCCAACCCAGGCUAGACACAGUGGUCGGCCCUGGAUGACCAUGGCUGGCUGCACUGACCUGCCCCAGGUGACCCCGGCUGGCUGUAUUACCCCGCCCCAGGUGAUCCAGGGUGGCCAUAGUGGCCCGCCCCAGAUGACCCUGGCUACCAUGCUUCCUUACUGGCACCAGCAGUCCAGGAAGAGGACCUACCUUCUGUCAGAGCUGGGUACCUAUCACAUCCUCAUUGCCCUGCUGCAUCUGGGCCUGGGGUUGUACCUGCUCAUCACUGUGAAGAAUCUCCACCUGGUCGUUAUGAAGUCCUGGUAUCCCUUCUGGGCAGCUGCCUCUUUCUUCAUUUCCGGGAUCCUGGCAGUCCUUUUAGAGGGCUUUCACAAGACUUCCCUGGCAGCCAACCUGGUCACAAACUCCAUCAGCUUCCUCUGUGCACUGGCUGGCCUCCUGGUCAUUGUCAAGGACCUCUUUCUGGAGAGCCCGUUCCCUUUCCCCAUCUGGACGCCAUACCCCUACAGCACAGUCCACAUCCAGAGACUGGUACUGGCACUCUUCUGUUUCACUUUCCUGGAGUUUUUCCUGCCAGCAUCCCUGGUCUUCGUCGCCUAUAAGGAAGGUCGCCUGGCUCUUCAGGACAACUUGUCCCUUGUUCCUGACACACCGAGGGAGUCCAGGGAAAUAUCCCCACCACCAAUGUUCCUGAUACCUCUGCCAACCUAUGAGGAGGCGAUCAUGACUCCCCCAGAGGUUGAUGAGGCGAAUCGGAGGCAAAUACCACGUCUCUAUCCUACUCUUCCUCGAAGCAACCACCCAGAGAAAAUCCAGUCCCAGCUUCUUUAA